GCGCAGUGCUGCGCUGCUGCGUUUGACCUGCCCAGCUGCCGCGUGUCCCGCACCGUCCUCCCAGGCGCCGUCAGGAGCUAUUGGACCCUCUGAAAACCAUCUUUGCAUCUCAGGUUGAAAAUCUGUAUUCUAGUCUGAACCGUGGGAAGAAAGAAUUGUUGGUCUGUGGUUUUCCUGCUUGGAGGACAAUGUUUUCCAAACUAGCACAUCUGCAGACUGCUGCAGUGCUUCGCCGUGGAGUUCAUUCUUCAGUGGCUUCUGCCACAUCUGUUGCAACUAAAAAGACAGUCCAGGGACCUCCAUCCUCGGAUUACAUUUUUGAACGGGAAUCUAAAUAUGGUGCACACAAUUACCACCCUUUACCUGUGGCCCUGGAGAAAGGAAAAGGUAUCUACCUAUGGGAUGUAGAAGGCAGAAAAUAUUUUGACUUCCUGAGUGCUUACAGUGCUGUCAACCAAGGACACUGUCACCCCAAGAUUGUGAAUGCUCUGAAGAGUCAGGCGGACAAGCUGACGUUAACAUCGCGGGCUUUCUAUAAUAACGUGCUUGGUGAAUACGAGGAGUAUGUUACCAAACUGUUCAAUUACCAUAAAGUUCUUCCCAUGAAUACAGGAGUGGAGGCUGGGGAGACUGCCUGCAAACUUGCGCGCCGGUGGGGCUACUCUGUGAAGGGCGUUCAGAAAUAUAAGGCCAAGAUUGUGUUCGCAGCUGGAAACUUUUGGGGUAGAACGUUAUCUGCUAUCUCCAGUUCCACAGACCCAACCAGUUAUGAUGGGUUUGGACCCUUUAUGCCAGGUUUUGAAGUCAUCCCAUACAAUGAUCUUCCUGCACUCGAGCGUGCUCUUCAGGAUCCCAACGUUGCCGCCUUCAUGGUAGAACCCAUUCAGGGUGAAGCCGGCGUUGUUGUUCCAGAUCCAGGUUACCUAGUGGGAGUGAGAGAACUCUGCACCAGGCACCAGGUCCUGUUUAUUGCCGAUGAGAUUCAGACCGGGUUGGCCAGGACUGGCAGGUGGCUGGCUGUUGAUCAUGAGGGUGUCAGACCUGACCUAGUUCUCCUUGGAAAGGCCCUUUCUGGUGGCUUAUACCCUGUGUCGGCGGUGUUGUGUGAUGAUGAGAUCAUGCUGACCAUCAAACCCGGGGAGCACGGCUCUACGUACGGUGGCAAUCCACUAGGCUGCCGCGUGGCCAUCGCAGCCCUUGAGGUUUUGGAGGAAGAAAACCUCGCUGCAAAUGCAGAUAAGAUGGGUACUAUCUUGAGGAACGAACUCAUGAAGCUGCCCUCUGACAUUGUAACUGCCGUGAGAGGAAAAGGGUUGUUAAAUGCCAUUGUUAUUAGAGAGACCAAAGAUUACGAUGCUUGGAAGGUGUGUCUGCGGCUUCGAGAUAAUGGGCUUCUGGCUAAGCCCACCCAUGGCGAUAUCAUCAGGUUUGCUCCUCCGCUGGUGAUCAAGGAGGAUGAGAUCCAGGAGGCGGUGGAAAUCAUUAACAAGACCAUCCUGUCUUUCUGAGGGUGGACCUGCUCAGUGGCUCCUGGGGGCCGGCUGGAGAUGGGGGUCCUGAGAAAGCCCUGCUCUGAAUGCCGGCACAUUUCCACUCCCACGUGUCUUCAAAGACUUUUUUGGGACAUAUAUUUUUUUCAGUUGAUAUAUAAUAGAGUGACAUUUAUGAACCUGCAGGUGGCUGUGUGGUACAACUAAAAGAAUGAGUGGCAUCUACAUGUGGUUAGUGUUCUGAGGAGUGUGUGCUUUCUAAGGUGAAUUGCAUCUACCUAUGUAGAGACAGCCUUCAAAUCAAGUCCUUCAGUAUAAUUUAUAUAUGUUUUAUAAUUUCCUUGCCUGGGAUAAAUGUUUUGUAUUUGAAAAAGUUAUCUCUGAGAUAGUACAUGAAAGACAUGCUUGACUUUAUAAUGCUGAAUCAUUGCAAUCAUUGAGCAUUAGGAUGAUUAAUGGGUAAACAUAUGUAAAAUGCUAGUUUAAAGUAAACUUUAUAUUGGCCAGCACCAGAGUAUUCUAUGGAUGUCAUCAUUUCUAAUUAAGAAUUCAUUCCUAAAUUAUGUUUUAAGUCCUUGAUUAUAAUUUGUAAAAAUAUUGUUUAUUUCCAACAUUUCUUUAAAUUUAAAAUAAAGCUUUUAUUUACAAUGUC